AAAAAAACAGAAAAAUCAAACGUUUGAAAAGGACUGAACCAUCCAACGAGAGAAUAAUUUAAUUUUAACAUAAAAUAUUUUGGAGAACAUUUACACAUUAUACUUGAUAAGGAAGUUCUAUUUUCAAACACACAGUGAACGAAGAAAAAAAAAUCAACUGAAACAAAAGAUAAAUAAGUGAAGUGAUAUUAAACAAACGCAACUUAACUUAUAUUAUACUCGUGCAUUAUAAGCAUGUUCUAAGUUUAUCAAUUAAGAUUGUUCUUUACAAAGUGAUGGAGAAAACCUCUAUGUGUUUUAAUAUUGAUAAUUUUAUGAAAUAUAAUUGGUGUUGUGUCAAUCUCGACCACAUUGAAAUCAAUGAAAAUGUUAGCGAUGCGUCGUGAAAGUGAUCAAUUUUAUGGACAUUCGAACGGAAAUUUUUCAAAUUCAUCCAAUUCGAACGGUGCGUCGAAUAGUUUUGGCACAUAUACCGGAAACUAUCAACAACAAGUGCCACCAAGAACGUCUGCGAAUAAUACAUCGGGCCUAGACGAAUACGUUGACAUUUUACAAGUGCAACAAUUACUGUUAGAUUCAUCUCCAUCGACUAGUACAUCGGCUACGACUUCCACAUCUCGUCCUCGUCCUCGCCUCAAUGUACAGAAAGCGGCAGAAUACUCCUCUCAGGUUCAAGCUGAAUCACCAUCCCGUCGCGUUCUGCUUGAUUAUCCCAGUCCAUAUUUGUAUGGAAACUAUCACACUUCUCCGAGUGAGGAUUUGGUAGCCCUAUGGUUCGGUGCGAAUGGUACAGGCGGCGUUGCCCCUCCUGGACCAGCAGCGGCCAUGAUCAUGGAAGGAUUGGAAACUCUUGUUGCGCCACCACACGCAUUUCUACUGACCGAAUCGGCUGCAGCGGCUCAUUUUAAUGUGCUCAGCUUUGACAGCCUACUGAAAACGGCAGCAACAACGUCUUCAAUAACCACAAACAAUAAUAACAUAUUCACGGCCAACAAUAACAAUCACUUGAAUCAUUAUCAUCUGCAUCAUCAUCAACAUCAGCAGCACCAACAGGAGCAGCAGCAGCAACAACAGCAACAACAGCAUCAUCAUCAACAGCAUCAACAUCAUCAGCAACAGUUACAUCAUCACCAUCAGCAGUCCGUCGAACAAUCAAACACAACGUCGGCCAACAAUAAUAACAAUUGUCAUCCCCAUCUGAGUUUGUUGACGAACGUUGGCGAUACAGUUAUCACCGACACUCAAUCAUCGGUGGAAGAGUCACAGACUGUUUCUGAGUCACAAACGGGUGAUUUGAAUACACCUGUAACAACGUCCAGUGAUAUACCAUCCUUUUUCGGACCGUCGACUGUCGUUGAACCACCACCCAUUAGUGGCUCCAUUGAAUCCGAAGAACUCUCACUGGAACCUCAAUCUACAUCCAGCCCAUCCUGUCGAAGUCUGUGCAGUCCGCUGAAGGAAGAGCGCAGUACACCCACCUCAAUCGUCAAAGAAGAAACAAGUAAUACAAGUAGUGCGAGCAUGUAUCCACAUCAUAAUCAUCAUCAUCAAAAUACCCAAAAUGACACACAACACACUCAACAUCAUUCACCACACAUACAAACCCAUCAGUCACCCGGUAAAGUUUCUUAUCGUGGCAUUUUUACCACAACAGGUAGCCCGAACAUGGGCUUGGGAACAGCUCAAAUGAAUUCACCGCAAAUGUCUGUAAUGCCGGGUCAAAUGUCACCACCAUCGUCGGGUUUAAGUGGAUGGGGCUUGCCGAGUCCCGAUAAAACGUUAUAUCAACCGCCACUGUUUGGUAUUCUUGGACCGGGUCCACAGAAUACAGCACAAGCUCACUACGCUCCCCACAAUCAAACAUCCCAAACACCCUCGCCCAUCCACCACUAUGAUGACAGACCGCAUCAUGUUGAGUUACUAUUACAACCGACAAGCUAUGGCAGUUGUGUGCCAACGUCAAUGUCCUUAGAUAUGGACCAAAAUUCUGACAUUCAGUACAACCGAAAUUCAAAUUGCAAACAGUGGUUGGACUCGCCAGCCGAUUACAAUUCACAGCAUUCGUUCGUCGUUCCUGGUCCGUCAUCAGCAUCGUCAUCGGGACUGAUACCAAAACAAGAGCAAUUCUCAAUGGGUUGUUCGAACGACAGCCAAAUAAUGCAACAAAACUACAACGUCAAUGUACAGCUGGCUCCGUACGAUCCAUCGACGAGUAAAGGUCAUGAAAUUCUGUCACAAGUGUACCAGCAGAGUCCGAUUCCACUAAAACUAGUCCCAGUCAAGCCACGAAAAUAUCCAAACCGACCCAGUAAAACUCCAGUUCAUGAGAGACCGUAUGCGUGCCCGGUGGAACACUGUGAUAGACGAUUUUCCCGAUCCGACGAAUUGACGCGUCACAUUCGGAUACAUACCGGACAGAAACCAUUUCAAUGUCGAAUAUGUAUGCGAUCAUUUUCCCGUUCCGAUCACCUAACCACUCACAUAAGAACGCAUACUGGGGAAAAACCGUUUUCCUGUGACGUUUGUGGCCGAAAAUUUGCCCGUUCCGAUGAAAAGAAACGACAUGCAAAAGUUCACCUAAAACAACGCAUCAAGAAAGAGAACAAAAUGAACCAGAACAAUUCAAAUAGCCACCAGCAGCAGCAGCAGCAGCAGCAGCAGCAACAACAACAACAACAACAACAACAGCAGCAGCAGCAGCAUCAUCACCAGCAACAACAACAUUUGCAUCAUAUGUUGCACCAAGAUCAAGAUAUGAUUCCAAUUGUAUCAACGUCGAAUACAACUAGUUUGUAGACCGAAGCCCAAACGUCGGUAGAUAUUUUGCGAACUGAUGGAACGGUUAACGAUCAAAGUGUAAAUCAAUCAAUCGAAGAUAAUGAUCAGAACAUUUUCGUUCAGUUACCGAACGUAGUCGCAGUGCCACAAUUAUUGCACACGGCUAGUGUUAACGAUGCUGAUCUUAUGUUAACCGAUAGUAGCAACGGUGAUGAUCAACGUGUUGUUAUUGUGCUGUUUAUCCAGUAAUUUCAAAAGAGUUGUGUGAUUUAGAAAAAAAAUGGUUGUUAUGUUGUGUUAAGUUUUACGAACAUAACAAAAAUUGAAUGUUGUAAUUGUCAUAACCGUUUCAAGUAAUUGUGAUACCUUUGACCAUCAAAAAUCGGAAUGCAGCAUUGCGGUGAGUUACUUUAUAUUUUGCACAAAUCUUUGGUAGGAUAAUCGAGAUCGGAAUUCAGUCAGAAUUAUUUGUUGAAUUAUGUUUGGAGUUCUUUCGACUAUUUUUAUCUCAUAACCAUCCUCAAGUUCCUCUAGUUAAUCUUUAUUCUCUUGGCAUAGCGAACGGAGAAACAGUUAUUGUACGAUCACGAUGUGACGAGUUAUUCGAUGAUAUAUUACAAGAGGCAGACACAGACGACAAAAAAAAAGCUUAUCGUUUGAUGAAUAACUAAUUUAAUAUUCAAAGACGAAGACGAGAAAAAAAACCGACCGACACACACAACUAUUCGGACCUAUGUUGAUUCGGUGUUUGAUCUUAAAUCAUGUUCUAUUACAUCAUUUGACCAAUAUUUCUUGCCUGGUACAUCUAGUUUACGUUGAAUUUCAUUCAUAAUAUUUGUGUAUUGACAUCGGAGAAUCGGUAUAGAGCUUCAUUCAUAAAAACCAACAGAGACGCGAUCAAAUCAAUUCAUCAUCUUCAGCGAAUUUACAUGACAAUAAAGAUGACUGGGCCUUUUUCUCACUCAUUUUUUUUUCUGUUAGCAUUGCUCAGAAAACAAUUUUAUUUUCUGCGAAUUCUUGCUCAAGAGAAGAAAAAAAACAAACGAUCCACCGUGUACAAGACAACACAAAAAAAAGGAAAUAAAUAUUUUCGUUAUAUUUACCACACCUCAACCAAGACUAAGCCACGAUUUUUUUCUUCCAUUCUUUCAUAUAAAAUUUAUAACGCAACCAUCUGAUCUGACACAUAUGAAAUUAUAUUUGAGGAAAAAAUAUCUCGGUGAUAAUAAAAAUUGUGAUUAAAAUCUCUCGUUGGGUUUUUGUUGUUGCUUCUUUUGAACGUACCAUUGAAAUCUGUUCGAGAUGAUCAUUCCAACGUAUAUAGAUAUCUGCAUGUAUACAAGCAGGUUUUUUUUACUCGUCUCGUCUUGUAGUUUAGCGACAAUUUUACUAACUAGCAAGAAUUUUGCUCGCAAAGUGUUUCUGAUUCUGCAGAAGCACGAUUCAUAAGAACAUCUUAGGCAGUAUACUGAAUCUAUCCACAGCGAAGUAUGAAGAGGAGUAGUUUGUGGAUUUCAAUUUAAUACAAAGUUAUUAAAGCUGUCCUCGACAGCCGUGGCACGAUUAGUUAAUCUGUUUAUUCUAUUGUUUCAAAAAUAUCAUUCAUUGUUUGAGAAUCUAGUACUUCGUUAGAUUCAUCAAUUUUGCUAUAAACAAGGGAACACUAGCCAGUGUUAUGCUCUUUAUUUCAUCGAUAACAAAAUGUCAAUAACAGAUAAUUUUCGAUGUUACACUCAUUGAAACGUCAAAAUAUUGUUCUAGUUUCGUUUAUCAUCGCACCGGAGAAUAUUUUAAGGUCAUUCAGUUUGACCUAACAUGUUUUGAAGUAAAAACCUGAAAAUUCAGCUUGAGGUGUCGUAAGACAGAAAACGAAUUCCUUUAUCUAUUCCGCAAAUAGUGACUGACUGACGAUUGAAAUGCUUGAAAGAUUUGUUCGUUGAUGAUUUAAAGUUCCAUCGAUAUGCAUUUUUGGUAGUGAAAUAAAAAACCAAUCUCCCAGUGAGAGCUCAAAUCUGUUGAAAAUGUGAAAUGUUCCAUUCGCAAAAUAUCGAUCGAUGUUUUCUCUUUUAGAUAAAUAAAUGAAAAAUAAAAAUAUUUACAAAUUUAACUGAAUUGUGAAAACAUUUAAAACAAAACAACGGAUAUAUAUUUUAAAAAUAUAUAUUUCAUCUCUAAAACUGUGAUCUCAAAUUUAUGGAAGGAAGAAAGUUGAAAAAAUUAUUUAAAAAAAAUAAAAUGAAAAAAAAGAAAUCAUGAGAAGU